UGGGAUUCAAUUCUAGUACUGUAGCACCAUGUCUCGGCUCGAUCCUGCAGCAGCAGCAAUUGCAUACUAUCAGUCCCGUUGUGCACGGAAUCCUUCCGACGAAGAUGCGCUGCACCACCUGUCCGUGCUGUAUAAGGCAUCGGGGGACAUGGAGGGGUACCAUCGCCAUGCCCGCAUGGCCCUCCUGACAAACAAAGCGACCCAUGAACACGCCAACGAGCUGGGGCUGUCGCUCUUGGCCCAAGGCAAGCUAGACCAAGCCUUCGACCAAUUCCGCGCGGCCAUCGCGGCCGCCCCCACCUAUGGCCCCAGCCAUUUGAACAUGAGCGUGGUGCAAGCCAAGCGGGGCAACCUGCGCGAAAGUUUGGCCCACUGCGAAGACGCGCUCAAGUUCAUGCCGGGUGACGCGUCGGUGCUCCGGAACUUGGGCAAACUGCACGAGGCCAUGGGGCGCACGCAAGCGUCGCUGGCGUACAACAAACGCGCGGCGGUGGCCGCCCCACGAGACGCGGACCUCGCGCGGAAGAUCGCCUUGCAGAGUGUGGCUAGUGGGGACAUCCCCCGCGCCCACGACGCUUACGCAGCCCAUCGGCGGAUUCUGGGGAAAAAGGUGGACGUGAAAAUAUAAAGGCAAAGGAUUGGACUAGUUCGUAGUGUGUAUUUAUUAUCCAGUAGGAGGAGGAUUGGUGGCCCCAUUUCGAUCGGUGGUGAUGGAUGCAAAUGAUAUGCAUAC